AUGCCGAAAAUGAAGCUUCUAUUCAACACGUCCGAGGGCCCGACGGCGGCGUGUGCCCCAACAAGUGCCCCAACAAGUGCUCCCGAAGCCCGCGGAGACAGUGGACCUCUGCCCCUGAACAAGGAGACGGUGUUCGAGUGGUUCGGCCUGCAGCUGGAGCCUGUCCGCCGCCUGGAGUUCAUGUGCGGGCUGCUGCACAUGUGCCAGCCGCUGGAGCUGCGCUUUCUGGGCUCAUAUCUGGAGGAUCUCGCCCGUAAAGACUUCCACAUCCUGCGGGACUUUGAGAACCGUGCUAACAGCCCCGCGGAGCUGGCCUCUCUAACGGACGUGUGUGACCCAGUGGUCCGCUCCAAGCUGCUGGUGUGUCUGUCUCUGCUGGGCUCUGACAGCAGGGACUGUGCGGGACUGCUGUUCCAGAGCCUGGCCAGAGUGGACCCUGUGCACUGCUACCACACCUCCGUGUCCUGUCCGCCCGGGACUCACACUCAGGGCUCGGGCUCGGAGCUCCACCAAGCCGCCCUGGCUGCUCUGGACCAGCUGGCUCUGCUGUUUACGAUGGCGUCUCUCCACCCUGCGUUCCACUUCCACCAACGACAAAUGCUCCGAGCUCAGCUCGACAAGACUCAGCUCAUAGUGGAAGAAGAGGUGCGUCAAAGUCUGCUGCAGAGGAGCACACAGGAGCUGGAGCGACAGUCUCGGGUAGAGGCCUGUAUGCCUCCACCAGCGCCUCCACAGGAAGACGCCGUCCACAUUGAGAGGGUUGUUCUCCGCGGCGUCUCGCGAAUAAAAGGUGACAGAGAGUACAACUUUAAGGUGACGUGGUCGGACUCCUCCUCCAGCACUGUUACCAAAACCCAUUCGGAACUGGAGAACUUUCUCUUGAAGCUCCCAAAACACCGACGUAACGAGUCGUUCGAAAGAGGCCUGGAUCAUCUCCUGCGGCAGGAGGAGCACAGGGGCACGGAGGAGAGGCUCAGGACUCUCCUCCUGUCGGCUCCUCCAGGCUUCACGCGGGACAGGGCUGUGUGCUGCUUCUUUGCCUCAGACUGUGGUCUGAGCGGUGAGGCCUAUCGAGAAGCCGCCUCCGAUGGCUCCAGUCAGGACGAAGAGUCCUAUGUUCAGGGCUACAAGAAAAAGCACAGGAACAAGAGUCCAAGCUUGACUCGCAGUGAGAGCCACAUCACAGAGUACGGAAAGGGUGAAAGCCGCAACUACGCACAGCCCACUUCCAGGAGUAAAGGAAAGACCAAGGCGGCUCUCAACGGAGGUGUGGCUGCGUGCGUGCAGUGGAGGGAGGCGGCGUCUGGCCCGGACACGCUCGGGGAGAGUUCUUCGGGGCGCUCCAGUUGUGCGUCCAGCCCACAGCACCGAGCCACAGACAGCCUGGACAGUGAGGAGGAGCAACACUGGAAACAAAGCCCUGCAUACCCUGUGAGCCACUUGGACAACACUGACGGCCUCCGAGCGGAUCCUCUCGUGGCCCUGAGACAGCAGAGUCAGAUGGAGGCUGUGAGGGCAGACGCCGCAGACAUCGGGGCACUUUCCUUCAUGCCAUUCACUCUGCCUCUUGGAGCUCCUGGGGCAGUGAGGAUGCAUCUGCCCCCAGCCAUGGCAGGCCCUGGUCUUAUGAUGGAACCAGAAAAGGGAGACCAUGUCACUACGUUUGGAGUAUCACCGAUUGGUCUCCCGCCUCCAGAAGUCCCUGCCAUGCAGCCGCUGGUUCAGAGGUUCAAAUCUCUGUCCCACGGAGGAGACUCCCCCACGUGUCUCACUGCCCCCCCGACUCCUCUGCCCACCCCCAUCAGAGCCAUCAGUGUUAUGUCCACCAGCCUUCCUUCUUUAUCUGCCAGUGUGAAGCCGCCUUUACCGUGUCCUGAAGCUGCUUCCAUGGGCAUUCCCGUGGUGGACUCUCCGCACGGCAAACUCCCGGCCUUAAACCUGCCCUACCCGCUGCUCUCCACGCGUUCCUCCGUCAUGAGCAGCGUGGAGCCGGCAGGGGCCCCAGCGGCGCCUGUUCAGGGACUCUUACAGGGUGCUGUCGCCCCAGUGGUGCCCACACACACCCCAGGGCCAGCCCCCAGCCCCAGCCCUACCCUGCCCCCCAGCAUGGCCCACAGCGACUGUACGUCUUCCAGCCCUAGUGAGGUGUGUGUGGAGGGGCCCGUGCAGAGGCCCCAGGUGCUCAGCUGUGGGGUGUGUGGCUGUCAGUGUGGCGGUCGCCCCGUCAGUCCCUCUCCCAUGUUCUUCCAUCAGGUCGGUGCCGGGGCUCGGCCUCUUGUCGGCUUGCAACACCUGUUCCCGCUCACAAACUACCUCCCGCAGGCGCACGCUGCGCCUCAGCCCCAGUCCAAUGGAACCACUCUGCCCCUGUACGCUCCCUAUGGGCCGCUGCACACAGAGCUGCUGGGGCUGCAGCAGCAGAUGCCCGCCUCCUUCUGCCAGCGCCUGUACCCUCAGCACUUCCCGGGGCCCGUGAGCCUGCUGCCCGCUGCUGCACUGGGGGGAGGCCUCAACAAGAAGAACGGGAUGGUGUCCUGUCCCAACUGUGGGCUGAGCGGUCACUACACUCACGACUGUAACCAGCCCUCCAUCGAUUCUACACAUCAAGGAGGCUUCCGUCUGAAGUACGCUGCGUCCCACAAUUCAGAAGCGCCUGAAAAAGCUGAAGGGGCGGACCUUCGUCAUGACCGCCACCCUCACCCUCACCAUACCCUCACCAUGCCCUCACCAUACUUCUACCCUCAUCAUACCUGCACCCUCACAAAACCUCUUCCCUUACCACAACUGCCACCCUACACCAUACUUCUUACUUUACUCCCACCAUCACCAAUGCCCUCACCGUGCCUCCCCCUCACCGCACCUCCCCCCUCAGUGACCUGUGACCCCCCAGCAGGUGGUACCCCUGGACACAUGCAGCACAUGAGCUAA